AUGAAAACACCAAGGAAUGAUUUGUCUAUCGAUAGUUUCAAUGUUUCUCUAAUUUCAAAAGCCCCUGAUCUACAAAUUUACUAUUGUUUAGAAGAGAUUUUGUUUAAUCCAUUUGAUGAACAUAUCAAAUUAGCUAUUGACAUGAUAAAAGAACAUUUCCCAGAUAAUAGAUUGCAUUUUGCAUACAAGUUAAUUACAUAUGUCGCUGAGCAUAGGCCUCAUUCUUGGUUUUUCCUUUCACAAAUUAUUCAACAGAUACCUCCACCACCUAAGCCGCUUAAUGGUUGCAAUUUUGUUUAUUACUUAGUCAAAAAAGGAAUAUUACCAUUCAAAUAUUCAGCCACACGCGGAAGAAUAGAUCAAAGUGCUGAAGAAUUACUUAGCGGCUAUCCGCUGACAUCUUUAUCACAUUAUAUUAGGACUGAUGAUUUGGAUAGAGUCAUUGGUUCUCCACUUGACGCAGGCAUUUUCCAGAUGAAAUUGAAAUUAGGAGAUAAAGAAGCACCAAUCUUAGGAUUCGCUAUGUAUUACAACUCAGAUCGUGUUGUCAAAUGGUUACUUACAAAUGAAUGCUCAUUUGGCCAAGAUGUCGCAGAAUACGCUGCAAUGAGUGGAAAUUUGAACUACAUUCAUAUGUGUCAACAGAAAGGCAUCUCACUCAGAAACUACAUAAAUACAAUAAUUGAAUACCAUCACAACGAUAUUCUCAGAGAUGUAAUUGGUUCUCACAAAAUUGCAUACGAUACACAGCUCGCUCUUCGUAUUCACAACACUCUGUUCCUUGCAUGGCUCGGAACAUCGAAGAAUCUCCUUGUAGAAAGAACAGAAGGAGGAAUGACACCAAUGCUACGUGCAGCAGGCGACAACAACGUAGAAUAUGUAAAAUUCCUUGAAACGAAAGGCGCAAAGGUAUCAGCGAAAGAUAAACAAGGAACAAAUGCUUUGAUUAGAGCAGCUCGUCACGGAGCAAUCGACGUAGUGAAGUAUAUAUGCCAGGAAAAAUCGAAUUGUGAUCAUUCUGAUAUUGCGGGAAAUACAGCGUUAGCGUGGGCUGCUCUUAAAGGACACCCUGAUGUAAUGCAGGUUUUAAUCGAUAAAGGAGCAGAUGUAAACAAAAAGAACAACAAAGGAGUAUCGCCUAUGUAUAACGCUCUUCAAAGCAGGUGCUACGAAGCUUUCGAAGUACUCGCAAAAAACGGUGCUGAUUUAGAAGAAAUUAUGGUAGGGGGAGUCACCCCCCUCAUUUUCGCAAUCCUCAAUGGAAUGAUCCAAGUCAUUGACAAGUUAUUAGAGCUUGGUGUUAAGCCAGAUACUAAGGAUAGCUAUGGUUCUACGCCUUUGAUGCACGCUGCAAAAGAAUGGCAGCCAAAGGUUGCAAUUAAGCUUUUGAAGUACGGAGCGAACCCAGAGAUCCAAGAUCCAAAGGGAUUGACUGCAUUGCAAUAUACUUUUUGUGAUGAAAUUAAGGAAAUGCUAAGAGCUCAUCAUUAG